CCCAUCAUGCAAUGUUUUUAUUUCUCAACAGUCAAAAAAUUGAAGCUCAUCACCAUGAAGCCAUCUCCUUCUUCUUCCUCCUCCUACACUAUCCCCAACAUCACCCAAAUCCUCAACCAAUCCCAAACCCUAACCCAACUCAAACAAGCCCAAUCCAUCCUCAUCAAAACCAACCUCAUCAAAUCCCUCUCCAGUCUACUCCUUCAUCAUUUCACCACCCUCAUCAAAUCCUACUCAACCUCAAUCUUCCCCAUUCAAUCCCUUCACCUCUACAACCACCUCUGCCGUCUCAACCUCAAACCCAGCAGCCAAACCUUCACCUUCUCGCUCAAAGCCUGCUCCCGUGUCCCUGUCUUCGAGCUUGAACCCGAUAUCUUACCUUUCCUCCAAAAGGGUCUUGAGAUCCACUGCCGAACAUUCUGUAGUGGAUACAAUCAGGAUGUUUAUGUUCAUAAUUCGUUGAUUACAAUGUAUUCAAAUUGUGGGUCGCUUGGUUGUGCACGCAAGGUGUUUGAUGAAAUGGACCAGAAGAGUAUAGUCACAUGGAAUGCGAUGGUGGUUGCUUAUAAUAGAUACAAAGACUUUGAGUCUGCCGAUUGGGUUCUUUCCCGGAUGCCGGAGAAGAAUGUAUCGAGUUGGAACGGCUUAAUUACGAGGCAUGUGAGGGUUGGGGAUGUUGCAGGUGCGAGGAAGGUUUUUGAUGAAAUGCCUGAGAGGGAUUCAGUUUCAUGGAAUUCGAUGAUUGCAGGUUAUGUGAGGGUGAAGGAUUAUAAGAGUGCCGUUUGGAUGUUUAAGAGGAUGUUGAGUAAUGGCUUGGAGCCGACGGAGUUGACUAUGGUUUCGGUGCUUGGAGCUUGUGCAGAGACUGGAGAGAUAAAGAUUGGGAGAGAGAUUUAUACAUGCUUGAAGGAGAAGGCUUUUACGAUUGAUGGGUUUGUGGGCAAUGCACUCUUGGAUAUGUUUGCAAAAUGUGGUAAUUUAGAGGUAGCAAGAGAAAUAUUUGAUCAAAUGGGUGCUAAGCAUGUGAGCUGUUGGAAUUCGAUGAUUGUGGCAUUGGGAGUUCAUGGCUUUUGUGAUGAAGCAAUUGAGUUGUUCUCGAAAAUGGACCAAAAGCCAAACCGGCUUACUUACCUUGGAGUCUUGCUGGCUUAUAGUCACAAGGGAUUGGUAAAAGAGGGGAGAGAGUUUUUUAGGAAGAUGGUAGAAGAGUAUAAGGUUAAGCCUGAUAUCAAACAUUAUGGGUGUAUGAUUGAUAUGCUUAGUAGAACGGGAUUGGUGAAUGAAGCAUAUAAGAUGGUUAAGUCAAUGCCAAUGAAGGCGAACUCGGUGAUUUGGAAGACAUUACUUGGGGCUUGUAAGGUUCAUGGGAGUGUCGAGUUGGCAGAAGAAGCUUUUCAAGAGCUUAGUGCAAUUGGUCCUUUGAAUGACAAUGAUUAUGUUUUGAUGUCGAAUGUUUACGCAGAAGCUGGGAGAUGGAGUGAUGUUGAACGGUUGAGAUGUGGGAUGAUUGGGCAAAGUAUUUUAAAGAAGGUAGGUUACAGUCAGAUUGAGCUAAGUUGAGAGUAUAUAUUCAUGCACUUUUUGUCACUGCAAGGAGAGUUUAUAAUCAGUGUGGCUAAGAAGAUGGUUCUUUAAUGACAUCCCUGAGAUGAACAAAGGCCUUGAUACUUGAUAGAGCCUGUUUACCGGAAUACGUAUAUGAUUCUUAUAAUCAAGCUGAAUAUUUAUCAAAUCAAUUCUCAUCCCAUGUCUGGAACGUGAAAAUGGAGGCUCGUCCCACACAAGUAUUUCAGGGGAUUAGAUGCGACUUAUGAAAGGCUCAACCUGUGUGAGAUAUUAGCCUCUAGAGUUUCGGUUUUCAUGAACCUUUGGAUCCUGAAUGCCUAUUAAUCAUAACUAAUAAGUGAAGCUGCCUUUUCUACAAAAUUCAUGUGAUUUCAGCCUGGAUUUUUGAAAGGUUUGGGGACCAAGGAAGUGAAGCUGAAAAUUUCUCUCUUGGAAUUGGGAAAGGUCCACAUGGUAUCACAAGGCACAACUGGGGAUGAGGGAAUUGAUAAAGAGAAGGUUGUUUUUGCAGUGAAGAACCUCUCUCUGGAUGAAUCAAAUUCUUUCAUUUUAAACCUGUGAGCUUGAGUUAGGUGAGUUUUUGUUUGAGAAUUGACCAAGUUGAAGACUUAAGUAUAACUUGGGCCCAAGUACCUUGAUUUGUUCUUAGAGCAUCCUUAGUGAAAAGGCUAGAGAUCAAAGAUCUUGUUUAGGCAGAUGUUAUAUUGAUGAAAAAAAAUCCCUUGUGUUUACAGGAAGCACGAAAAUUUGAAGUGAGAAGGAUGGUUGAGAUUGUGCAUUCAGCCUGAGAAACUGGAAAGAAUUUGGACUAUCUUUACACCAAGAUCAACUAUUUUGUGUUAUCAGAAGGUCAGAACUUGAAUGGACAUGAUGCAAGCCAGUAUAAGAAGAUUUCAAAUCAAAGAGAAGCAUCUAUGAGGAGUUUUAGAAGCAGGUAUGAGCUUGUACUGACUAAAGAGGGGCAAAUCACCAAAAUGUGAGCUAGCCAAGGAAGAGGCAAACUAUCAAUUUUCCUUUACGAGCGUGGGGAGCCUCUGUGGACUUCACUACUGGUGGCUGGCAGAGUGGUAGUGCCACCUUCUAUGGUGGAAGCGAUGCCUCAGGCACGAUGGGUGGAGCCUGUGGAUACGGAAAUUUAUACAGCCAAGGUUAUGGAACUAACACUGCAGCUCUCAGCACAGCCCUCUUCAACAAUGGUCUCACCUGUGGGGCCUGCUAUGAGCUCAAAUGCAUCAAUGAUCCUCAGUGGUGCCUCCCUGUCUCGAUCGUGAUCACUGCAACAAACUUCUGUCCCCCGAAUUAUGCGCUUCCUAAUGAUAAAGGUGGAUGGUGCAAUCCUCCACGUCAGCACUUUGAUCUUUCCCAACCUGCAUUUCUUCAGAUUGCACAGUACCGUGCAGGAAUCGUGCCUGUUGCUUUCAGAAGAGUGCCUUGCGUGAAGAAAGGAGGAAUAAGGUUCACGAUCAACGGCUUCUCCUACUUCAACCUGAUCCUAAUCACCAACGUUGCAGGCGCGGGUGACGUUUGUGAAGUAUGGCUCAAGGGGUCGAAGACAGGAUGGACGCAAAUGUCGAGAAAUUGGGGGCAAAAUUGGCAGAGCAACAUGCUUCUCGAUGGCCAGGGACUGAGCAUCACCGUUAAGACUAGCGAUUGGAGCCAAGUCACCAAUGACAAUGUUGUGCCUGAUGGAUGGCAGUUUGGACAAACUUUUGAAGGGAAUCAGUUUUAGGAUCAGGAAAUAUAUAAUUGCUAUAGACUGACCAACUAGGGUGACAUUUGAUAUCAUAUAGGUAAAUUUGAGAUAUGGGUGGAAACGUGUUGCAUGUUUGACAAUGUGCUAUAGUUCUGAUGAGAGAAGUGGAGUAAUGAGCUGAGCGUGUUAGAGAAGUAUUCAAUAAAAUCAUGGAGAUUCAGUU